GACGGCACGCGUCGCUUUGUCGCGCGCCCAUACAUUCAAGCAAUGUCAUUUAAUCGCUACGAUAAUUAAAAAACGUUAAAAAAUCCAUCAAGUGUUGUCUCAUCAUCUCCACAAGAACCUGCGCCAACAGAUUCGAGCCGGAUGAGGCUUUGGAAUCCACUAUCUAAAGGAGGACAAAGGAUUUCAUCGGCGCGGUCGAACAAAGGAGUCGACAUUUUGGAUUUUGAACACGUUGAGAUUCAACCAAAUUCAAGAAGAUUCAACCAAUCUAUACCUGAGUCUACAAUAUUUAAGCGAGAAUAUACCAGGAAAAGGGUUUGCAUAGGCAUUUGUGUAAGUUCGUUCCAAUUAAUUCCAUUUAAUUGCAUUUAACUGUGCCUUUCAUACAAAGUGCUGUGCUUUUUUCCAUCAAAACCACUAUCUAAAGGUUUCAUUUCAAUCUAAAAUCCCAAUUAGUGCUAUAAUUCCGUCUACAUAUUGCCUAUUUUUACUAAAAAUUUCCUUCUUUUGGAAUCGAAAAUUCACAUCGAUCUUUUUCAUUGUUUAAAUCGAAAUCAAAGUAGCUUCAAUAUCUUGUUUUCAGAGGUCUAGAAGACUGUGUUGCCUCUAUUUGAGCCAAUACAGAACAAAAAUUGAAAUUUUAGCUAAUUUUUAUUCGAACAUUCCAGAACCGGCGUGGGGUCAAAGUCCGCGCUAGCGCCGGCCGGCCGCCUGCCUACGUGACCGCGCGCUGUCUCGAUUAACGGGAAUUCGGGCGUGGCUUGUGCGCACGUUUGCUUGACUAUCCUUCUGCCUGCUUAACCACCCUUCGCAUAAAAUUUAAGUAUAUUUCCAAUAGUUCUCACUCUUUUGAACAAUACUCUAAAUCAUUUAGGGCGUGUUUAAUCAUUAUUUUCUUACAGCUGUAGGGCAGUUUGAGAUUUAUUUCGUUUUUAUUAUCACAUUCUAUACAACACUUUAACGCAAGCUUCAAUAAUUACAAUAUAUUUUGUUCGAUUGAUUAAUUUCUUCUUCCUUUACACUUCAUCAUGGAUAAUUUAAAAUCACUAAAGAAAAGCCGAGCAAGUUUCAAAGCAAAGCUGACUGUUUUUAAAGAUUAUUUAAAUGCUUUGCUACCUAGCAGUGAGCUUAAUAGCGUACAAAUGCAGGAGCUUACCCUGCGACAUGCCAAAAUGUCAGAAAUGUACAACGAUUUCGAUUCCAUACAAAAUGAUAUAGAAAGCUUGACGGAAAUUCCAGAUGAGGAGUACGCAGAGCGGACUUCCUUCGAGGACCGGUACUUCGGCGCCAUGGCUGCUGCGCAAGACCUGCUCAGCAAGCAUGCCGCGCCCGCCGGACCUGCCUCUGCGGAGCACGACAGAGGAUCGGUGUCGGGAUCAGGUGAUGCUGUAUUCUCAAGUAAGCCAAACAUUAAACUUCCAACAAUUCAUCUCCCGACUUUCUCUGGUCGAUAUCAGGAUUGGCUAGAGUACCAUGACACUUAUAAAUCACUUAUACACAAUAACACAUCCAUACCUAACAUUCAUAAGUUCCACUAUCUAAGGAACUCUUUGAAGGACAGUGCGUCAUUAAUCAUUAAAUCACUAGAGUUUUCAACUGAGAAUUAUGAUGUUGCUUGGGACCUGCUGUGCGAGCGUUUUAAUAACGAUCGUAUUUUAGUAAAUAACCAUAUUCAAGCUUUGUUCAGUAUAAAGCCAGUAACGCAAGAGUCUUCCAAAGCCUUGCGUAAUAUGAUAGACUGGGUAAAUAAAAACUUGAGAGCCUUAAAAACAUUAAAAUUACCUACUGAACACUGGGAUGUUUUAAUUAUCCAUAUGAUGUCUAGUAAACUUGAUGCAGUCUCAAUGCGCGAUUGGGAAACCGAACGUAACAAAAUUGUAGGUAUUCCCACCUUUAGUGAUUUCACAAAUUUCUUGAAGGGUCGUGCGGACCUCCUUGAAACCAUGGAAGAGGCUCAAAUGCAAUCAAAGGUUCCUCGUAGGCAAAGUGACGUCACGCACAACCGCCCAAGGACAUUUGUCGUAAAUGAAUCAAAACAAAAACAAUAUAAAUGCCCUGUAUGCGCAAACUAUCACACAAUAUACCAAUGCUCUAAAUUUAAAGCUAUGCCUAUAGAAUCUCGCAUCGAUAAGAUAAAGCAGUUGAGUCUUUGUACUAAUUGUCUUCGCGCAGGGCACGACGAACCACGCUGUCGACUUAGUUCAUGUCGUUUGUGUACCAACCGUCACAACACUUUAUUGCAUAUUAACGCUCAAUCCACAGAACCACUGGCUAGCAAAUCAUCUAAUAAAAGUGACUGUAUCUUACCAUGCGUGCAGGACCAAUCUAAACCUGCACAAGACAACAUCACACUAUCUUCUAUACAUUGCAGCCAAACUCUUCUUUCUACUGCUAUAGUCAAUGUGCAAGACCACUCUGGUCAAACACACAAGGUCCGUGUUAUGUUAGACAACGGAUCAACUAUUUCAUUCAUCACAGAAUCUUUACAAAAACAAUUAGGGAUACCCAGUUAUUCUACAUUUACCUCAGUUAACCUACUGGAGGACAAAUCAACGACAACCACUAAAAAAUGUGACGUCACUAUAUCGUCACUAUACGAUCGCAAUUAUACAACCGAUGUUGAUUGCUAUGUUUUAUCUCGGGUCACCGAUGUCAUACCCACUAAUCCAAUUAAUUGCAAUGCCUUCAAAAUUCCCUCUCACAUCCACCUCGCGGACCCAUCAUUUUCAGAACCGUCAGAGGUGCAGAUGCUGCUGAGCGCUGAAAUCUUUUGGGAUGUACUUUGCCAAAACAAGAUAUCCCUAGGCAAGAAUCUACCAACACUAGUUGAAACAAAACUAGGGUGGUUAGUAGUUAAAUUACCAUAUUCAAACAAAACAAAACAAAAUACAGUCCACUGCCAUUUCUCUAACACAGAGCUAGAUCAAAAACUAAACAAUUUUUUUGAUGAUGACGGUUUCUCUAAUAUUGAAAAGAUAUGUAACAAAUCUAAAACUGAUAGCGAGUGUGAACGAAUCUUUACAAGUACUACCACGCGCCACUCGGAUGGGAAAUUCGUUGUAACUGUACCACUUAAAGAGUCCCCCGAGGUGUUAGGUAACUCUAAAGAACAAGCUUUGACAAGAUUUCAUUCAUUAGAGCGCAAAUUUAAACGGGAACCGGAAUUCAAAGAGCAAUAUACUAAAUUUAUGAACGAAUAUUUACAAUUAGGUCAUAUGUCAGAAAAUAAAGACUCUCAAAACGAUACAUUUUCUUAUUUUCUUCCACAUCAUGGAAUUUUGCGCGAGGGGAGCCUCACUACCAAGUUAAGAUCUGUUUUCGAUGGAUCAGCUGUCACAAGCUCAGGAAAGUCAUACAAUGACAUUCAACACAUAGGCCCGGUUGUCCAAGACGAUUUAUUGAGCAUUCUCAUUCGAUUCAGACAACAUAGAUUUGUUGCAACUUCUGAUGUAGCUAAAAUGUAUAGACAGAUUUAUGUAAGAGAAGAUCAACGAAGUUUGCAGCAAAUCCUAUGGCGGUCUGAUCCCACACAACCAAUUAACCAGUACAAACUAAACACGGUUACCUAUGGCACGGCCUCAGCUCCCUGGUUAGCGACAAGAACACUAAAACAAUUAGGUAUCGAUUGCAAGGACGAACUUGCACGUGAAACAAUUUUGCAUGACUUUUACGUUGAUGACUACAUCACUGGUCAUGAUAAUGAACAAACACUCAUACAUACAUGUCAAAAUGUCAUUAGCGAGCUAGAACCCGCUCACUUCCAUUUACGAAAAUGGCGGUCUAACAAACCGUCCAUUCUAAAUCAAAUUAUAAAUGAAAACAAUUAUGAUGAUUUACUAAAUCUGAACAAUGAUGAAUAUGCCAAAACUUUAGGCCUACUUUGGGCUUGUAAACGAGACACAUUAUUGUUUUCAUUGCCAAACACAAUUCAAAAUCCUAAAACAAAACGCGCUAUUUUGUCCACUAUAGCACAAGUGUUUGACCCACUGGGCUUAAUAAACCCUUGCAUGUUACAGGCAAAACUCAUCCUCCAGGCUCUUUGGUCUCAAAACAUUCCGUGGGACUCUCAGCUACCGGGCGAGGUUGAGUCACAAUGGGACCAGUUUGUCAAAUACUUGCCAGAUAUUUCUAAAAUCGAAAUUCCUCGCAGAGCACUAUGCGACGAUUUCGUAACUGUUCAAUUACAUGCAUUUAGUGACGCAUCAAUGAAAGCUUACGCUGCCUGUGUAUACUUACGUACAGUGUCGAAAAGCGGUAACGUAAGUGUACAUUUGCUGGUUGCAAAAAGUAAAUUGGCCCCACUUAGGCAGCGCCUAACUAUUCCAAAAUUGGAAUUAUGCGGUAGUCUCCUAGCCACACAACUAACAAAAAAGGUUGUAAACUCAUUACGCCUAGAAAUAGACUCAAUUUAUUUUCACUGUGACUCAACCAUUGUGCUUGGCUGGCUAAAAACCUGUAAAAACCAGCUUAAACAAUUUGUCCAUAACAGAGUCACUGAAAUUACUAACGCCUUUGACCCAUCAGCAUGGCAUUAUGUCCCAACUGAUAUGAACCCUGCUGACAUAGGGUCUAGAGGUCAAAACGCUUUACAGCUCAAAAAUUCAACUUUGUGGUUCCAAGGUCCACAUUUUUUACACCAAAAGGACAUUCAAUGGCCAUUGCAGCCUCAAAGUGUGAAUGUUUCUGAUUUGCCUGAAAUUAAAACUCAUUGUCAUAUUUCAGCAGCUGCAGAUAUACAGGAAAAUGAUUUCACUGAAAAGUUUUCAAACUUUAGCAAAAUGCAGCGUGUUGUAGCUUACAUGUACAGAUUUAAACACAAUUGUCAAAACACAAAUAAACGCUUUGGUCCAUUACGUAUCUCAGAACUAAAAUUAGCAUUGAUUUCUUUAUGUAAAAAGGUACAAUCAGAAAUAUUCAACAAACAAUUUUUAUUGCUCACUAAGGGCACACUCACCACAAAAGAUAAAAUAAUAAAAUUAAAUCCAUUUAUUGACCAGGACAACCUGAUCAGAGUUGGAGGACGAUUAUCCAACUCAAACUACGACUAUGACACUAAACAUCCAAUCUUGCUACAUGCAUCUCACCAUAUAACAAAAACAUUGGUACAACAUUACCAUAAAAUACAUUUACAUGCAGGACCCCAAUUGCUAUUAUCCAUGUUACGUCAUAAGUUCUGGAUAAUAAGCGGUCGCAACCUUUGUCGGAAGAUAACACAUGACUGUUUAACUUGUCUUCGUUUCUCAGGUCGUACAUACCAGCCUAUCAUGAGUCCACUUCCUGCACAGAGGUUGCACGCUGAUCACCCUUUCACACACACAGCCACAGAUUAUGCUGGGCCUAUCCUGAUAUUGAAUAGAAAAGGUCGCGGCGCUCAACUAAUAAAGGCAUACAUAGUUGUGUUUGUCUGUCUGGCUGUGAGAGCAGUACACCUCGAGCUCGUCACCGAUCUGACGUCUCAAGGUUUCAUUGCCGCUUUAAAUCGAUUUAUUGCCCGCAGAGGUAAGCCGGCAACUUUACUUUCAGAUAACGGUACCCAGUACGUAGGAUCAUGUAAUGAACUAGCUAAAUUUCUAAAGGAAAACAGUAAUGACAUAACUGCUUACUCUGCUGAAAACGAAAUAAAGUUCAAAUUCGCCCCAGCUUACAGUCCAAAUUUCAACGGUUUGUCAGAAGGAUCGGUCAAGUCUGUAAAAUAUCACUUGAAACGCGUUCUAUCUAUGACUAAUUUAGACUACGAACACAUGAAUUCGGCCUUGGUUCAUAUAGAGGGGACGCUUAACUCUAGGCCUCUCACUCCUCUUUCUUCUGAUCCUUCAGAUCUAGCUCCCUUAUGUCCAGCACAUUUCUUAAUUGGACGAACGAUCACAUUGCCACCUGCACCCCAGGUGGAAGAAACUCGACCACUUACGACGCUCUCCAAAUACAUGAGAGUACAACAGCUUAAGGCUCAUUUUUGGAAAAGAUACUCAAAAGAAUACAUUUCAGAGCUCCAGUCCCGCAGCAAGUGGCGCACUCAAGGUGCGCAUCCACAACUGGGCGAGAUGGUCAUCAUCAAGGAUGACCGCCUACCACCGAACCGAUGGCUGCUCGGACGAGUCACGGCCGUCCACCCGGGCAGCGACGGCGUCAACCGCGUCGCCGACAUCCUCACCACUACUGGGACCCUGCGCCGGGCAUACAACCGGCUCUGCCCACUUCCAUCAACGUUGGAUCAGGCAGCUCCUGACCCAAGGGGGCCAGCCUGUUGACGCGCCAUCUAUGUGUGCGUGCGCACACAGACACCACCCGAUCUACGCGGUGCCGCAAGCGCCGGCCCGCCGCAUUCUCCGAUCCGUAACAGCGCCGACGGCACGCGUCGCUUUGUCGCGCGCCCAUACAUUCAAGCAAUGUCAUUUAAUCGCUACGA